CUAGCUACCCUCUUCCGUCUAAAUCCUCCAAAUUUUCGACCCAUAUUUCUCAUCAAUUAAUACAUGAGCUACAAACAGUACCACUAAGCUAAAUACAUAUAUUUAUAAGCCUGUGGGUGUUGGAGCACUAAUCCUAAUCUCAGCCGUUCAAAGUAGAAGGAUGGGAAGAGCACCUUGUUGCGACAAAAAUGGCCUCAAGAAAGGUCCAUGGACUCCGGAAGAAGAUCAGAAGCUCCUUGAUUAUAUUCAGAAACAUGGUUAUGGCAACUGGAGGACCCUCCCCAAGAAUGCAGGGCUACAAAGGUGCGGGAAGAGCUGCCGUCUCCGAUGGACCAACUAUCUCCGGCCAGAUAUCAAACGAGGUCGAUUUUCUUUUGAAGAGGAGGAGACAAUUAUUCAACUCCACAGCAUAUUGGGCAACAAGUGGUCUGCAAUUGCGGCUCGUUUGCCCGGAAGAACCGACAACGAAAUCAAGAACUACUGGAACACCCACAUUAGAAAGAGGCUUCUCCGGAUGGGAAUUGAUCCAGUCACCCACAGCCCUCGUCUUGACCUUCUUGACUUUUCAUCCAUUCUGAGCUCAUCUCUCUACAACUCGUCUCACCACCACCAAAUGAACUUCUCAAGGCUGCUUGGCCAACCCAUAGGCCUCAACCCAGAGCUACUGAGGCUAGCAACUUCUCUUAUCCAAUCUCAAAGAGAAAACAACCAUAACUCAAACAGUUUCCUUCUUCAAAACUCUCAAGAAACAAACAACUUCCACCAACUUUGCAACAAUCCCCAAAUCCCAUUUCAACAAGUCCAAUCUAACCAACUUCAGCAGCCCAUUCAAGAAAUCUCAUUCUCCAAUGAAGCUCCACAACUCAUCAUGCAGCCGGCCAAUGGAGACUACCCAUCAAACCUAAGUGAUUUUAGGUCACAAAACUCUCAACCCAGUGAUUGGCAGCAAAGCAAUGUUGGGCCUUCAAAUUUUACUGAUGAGUAUGUUGAAUUACCAAGCUUUGCAUACGAGUAUGGGUCAGAUCACCACCAAACUAUUUUGCAUCCUUCACCUGAGACUUCAAAUUUUCACUCCAACAACAGCAACCAGAAUUUCAGCUUCACUACUUCAGUCCUCUCAACCCCUUCCUCAAGCCCAACGCCUUUGAAUUCAAAUUCGACGACGCACAAUUUCAACAGCAGCACAGAGGACGAACGCGAAAGCUACUGUAGCAACAUGUUGAAGUUUGACAUCCAAGACAUGUUGGAUGUUAAUGAAUUCAUGUGAAAAAAUAUUCAUUAUUAUUAUUAUUGUUGUUGUCAGGAUCAAACGAUCAUCCUAUAAUUAGAAUUUUCCAAUUUUCCGGGCAUUGGGAUUUGGUGCUGUUGAUACAUGUGAA